AUGACAUGUAAGCUAAAGCUACUAAGAGAAAAAAAGGAAGAUGGACCUGGAACAGCUAAUGGUUUGACUUCAUACUCUUCAAAACGGCCUCCUGUAAAGGGAUGGUACAGUUGGUCACAACGCGGUUUAACGGCUAUGAAGGCAAAUGAUUACGGAGCUUUCCUUCUAAACGCGUCAAUUCUACAUUUGGACAAUAUUCAACCAUCAGCGACAAACACUCCUUCGAUGCCAGAUUAA